AGCAGUCAGAGAAGCAAACGGUGAAUUGCAACAGGCAGUCGUCUCCAGAGAGAGUCUGAGAGCAAUGCUCAGUCCACUGACAACAACUCAACAUCCGGACAGAAAGAAAGAGGGAGGUUUUUCAUUUAGAAAUCAUCUGCUUUGCUCAAAGCCAUGCCUGCAACAUAUACUGAAACCAAGGACAAAGUUUCUUCAAUGCAUGUAGUCUGAUCUGACACUGCGAGUCUUCAAUGCAUUGCCUUCUUUAACCUGCUGGAUCAAAGGACAAUUCGGAGCUUUAACUUCUUUUAUUAGUCUCAAUAUGUUGCUUUUAGUCUGAUUUGACACUUUGAGUCUUCAAUGCAUUGCCUUCUUUAACUUGCUGGAUCAACAAUUUGGAACUUUAACUUCAUUUAUUAGUCUUCUUAAUAUCUUUAGUCUGAUUUAACACUGUUAGUCUUCAAUGCAUUGCCAUUUUUAACGUUCUGGAUCAACAAUUCAGAGCUUUAACUUCCUUUAUUAGUCUUCUCAAUAUGUUGCAUUUACUUUUUAUGAGCUUGUGGGUAUUAGGAAGCGUAACGGGACAGUCCCAAACUCAACCCGACGACUCAAACCCAUGGAGGCAGAUGAUCCAAUGGGAGAAUAAUGGACGUGUUUAUAGUCUACUCAACAGCGGAGCCGAAUACGUCCCGGCUCGGAAUCAGGAACGGGAUAGGAACCAUCGAGUGCUUCUUGCUGAUGCUCCCAAUCGCAGGUCACAGGGUGGAAAUGUGCGAAGACAAGCACCUUCAAGGGGGAGCUCGGAGACGGUGAGAGGUCAAGCCAGACAUCCGUUUGGAUUCGGACAGGUGCCGGAAAACUGGCGGCAGCAGCAAGGUGCGGUGGGCAGAAGCGAAACAAGCCGAUUUCAGUCACAAACCGGCUCUCGUUAUAGACCGUCAUCUGGAUCAUCAUCAUCAUCAUCAUCAGCAUCAUCAUAUCCUCAGUAUCCAAUCCCUCAACAGCCUCCGUUUGCUGCUCCUUAUGACCAAGACAGGUCAUACGAACCUCCAUUCCUUGGGACGGGGUAUUCAGCAGGCACAGGUGGAGGUUUUGGUGCAGGUGGUUAUGGAGGGUAUUCAACAGGGAGUUUCGGAGGAGGAAAUCCUGCAAAUGAUGAUCGAUAUCGAUAUUAUCCACCGUACGGUCAACAAUACCAGGCUGUUCCCGCCCAACCUGCACAGCCACCAUUCUCUGACGGUCUGGACCACAGAUACACACACAGUCUGUUCAAUGAGGAUAAUCCUGCAGUUCCUAACGGUGCUUCAAGCAAUACGGGCUCAUCAUUUCAGCCUGCGGUGCAAAGUCCACAAUAUGAGCAGUUUCCGCCAUACGGAAGGCCUCAGCAGCAGCCUCCAUUUAUACAACCAGCACCACGCAACCCGCUGGUCUCCAACACCGCAGAAAACCCAAACAUCAAUGUAGGCAGCGUUUAUCGUCCUCAACAAAGAGGUUUGCCUGACCUGGUUCCUGACCCGAAUUACGUCCAGGCCUCCACAUACGUCCAGAGAGCCCAUAUGUACUCCUUACGCUGUGCUGCAGAGGAGAAAUGUUUGGCCAGCUCUGCCUAUGAUGCUGAGACCACAGACUACAGUGUUCGUGUUCUGCUGCGUUUCCCUCAGCGGGUGAAGAACCAGGGUGUGGCAGAUUUCAUGCCCAACCGGCCGCGACACACCUGGGAGUGGCACAGCUGCCAUCAGCACUACCACAGUAUGGACGAGUUCAGUCACUAUGAUCUGCUGGAGGUCAGCAGUGGCCGAAAAGUGGCGGAGGGACACAAAGCCAGUUUCUGUCUGGAGGACACGACCUGCGACUUCGGCCAUCUGAAGAGAUACGCCUGCACUGCACACACACAGGGUCUCAGUCCUGGUUGCUACGACACAUACAAUGCAGAUAUCGAUUGUCAAUGGAUUGACAUCACUGAUGUUCAGCCAGGAAACUAUAUACUCAAGCUUCAGGUUAAUCCAAAGUACUUGGUGCUUGAGUCGGACUUUACCAACAAUAUAGUGAGGUGCAAUAUCCACUACACAGGGCGCUACGCCAAGACCACAAACUGCAAAAUCUCCCAGUCAUGAUGUGUCAGAUGUGGAUGAAUGUCCAUGUAAGCGCUGUUCUAUUGCAAUGUGAAUGGAAUUCCUGAUGUCGCUGUGAUCGUUUAUUGUUUUUGUCCAGGCUCCCAUUCGUGUGCUGUUCUUGUGAACCUGAGUUCAGUUCGUGCCAAGAAGAACAAGCACACACACACACACACACACACAUACACACACACUGAGGAAUCCCAUACUUCACAGCACAUAGCAGAGUAAUGUCUAUUUUCUUUCCAGGCACCCCAUUAACCCUGCUUUUUCAUAAAAACACACACUCACUGCCCUCAAUUAAGUCUAAUUCCUGCACUUUUUAAGUGGGUUUCAUCGCUGGAAUGCAAAGUGAGAGCACGUAUGGCACUAUUGACCUGCAAUUCUGUAAUUUAGAUCAGGAAAACCAGCAACUGGAAACAAUGCUCUUUUUACCCAAGUCUCUCUCUUUGUCUGUGGCACUGAAUUAAGGCCUACUGGAGCAGUUAUGUCAGUCAUCAUGCAGCUAACUAAGUAAAAAUAAAUGGAUUUAGGAUAAAAGCACACUGAAAACAAAAGCCCUGAAUCCAAAAGCUGGAAGCUGUUUAUCGAGAUGAUUGUACUUACACCAUGUCCAAUUAUGCUAACUUUCUUAAAACGUGUCAGCAGAAUGUUAAAACAUGUUACCAAUGCAUCAAAAACAUGCUAGCAAUUUGACAAAACUGCUUGCACUAAUAUGGUAUGACUAACUAAACAGGCUGGCAAUGUGUUAAAACAUGUUAGCAGGUAAAGUUUGAUAGCGUCUUGUCAUGCUAAAAACGUGCUAGCAGAGGAUUUAAACAUGGUAAUGAACAAAACAUGCAAACUACUUCAUAAAGCCUAUUAGCAACAUUAAAACAUGUUAGCAGAGUGCUAAAACAUGUCAGCAAUAUGAAAAAAUAUGCCAACAAUUUCUUAAAAAUAUAUGAAUAACUUCCUAACUUUCGUCACUUAGCAAUGUGUUAAAAUGAGUUAUCAAAUCCCAAUUUUAUUAAAACAUGUUAGCAUCUUCCAACCAUUAUUAACUGCUUAAAACAGAUUAGCAAUAAAUUCAAACAUGUAACUAAGAGAAGUCAAAGUGUGCAAACUUUCUUAUAAAAACAUUAGCACCUUAUUAAACAUGCUAGUAACUUGACAGAACUGCUACAAAAAGAUGUUAGCUUACAUAAAACAUGUUAGCAGAAUGCUAAAACAUGUUAGCAAUAUGACAAAAAAUAUGGCAACAAUUUCCUAAAAUAUAUGAAUAACUUCCUAACUUUCAUCACUUAGCAGUGUGUUAAAAUGGGUUAUCAACUUAAAAUUUGCUAGCUCCAUGUCAAAACAUCACUUUAUUAAAACAUGUUAGCAUCAUCCCAACCAUUUACAACAGCUUAAAACAGAUUAGCAAUGUGUUCAAACAUGUUGGAAACUUGAAAGAGAAGUCAAAGUGAUAACUUUCUUAUGAAAACAUUAGCACUUUGUUAAGUAGCUUGACACAACCGCUAAAAAAGAAUGCUAAUACAUUCAACAAAUACUAACAUGAGCAACAGUGUCCUGAAGUUUGGUAGCAUCUUGUCAAAAUGUCAAACUUAAGUGCUAAAACAUGUACCCAAAUACUUUUAACAAGCUAUCAUUCCAGAAACAUGCCACCAACUUCUUAAACGUGCUAGCAAUAAGCUAACAUAUGCAAUAAGCUAACAGAUGCUAAUCUAAGUAAAGGUUAAGGGGGGUAUUUUUAUUAAAGGAUUUUCUUUUUUUGUGUGAACUCUCCUUUUAACUCCAAUGUCCUUCAGUGUUACCACAUGCCCGUAUGAAAAAAAAUACUAUAGUAAUUUAUAGUAAAUACUACAGUGUUUUUGAACCAUGCUAUAGUGAAGUACUUUAAAUAAUCUGCUGUGGGAAUUCUAUUGUUGCUAUGGUAACACAAUGAUUAUAGUAAUUGAUCUGUUAUGGUGAUUCUACAGUUGCUAUGGUAACUCAUCAACUAUAGUAGUUGAUCUGCUGUGGUGAUUCUACAGUUGCUAUGGUAACUCAUCAACUAUAGUAGUUGAUCUGCUGUGGUGAUUCUACAGUUGCUAUUCUGACACAACGACUAUAGUAGUUGAUCUGUUGUGGUGAUUCUACAGUUGCUAUGGUAACACAACAACUAUAGUAAUUGAUCUGCUGUGGUGAUUCUACAGUUGCUAUGGUAACACAACGACUAUAAUAAUUAAUCUGCUGUGGUGAUUCUACAGUUGCUAUGGUAACACAACCACUAUAGUAAUUCAUCUGUUGUGGUAAUUCUACAGUUGCUAUGGUAACACAAGGACUAUAAUAAUUAAUCUGUUGUGGUGAUUCUACAGUUGCUAUGGUAACCCAACAACUAUAGUAAUUUAUCUGUUGUGUUGAUUCUACAGUUGCUAUGGUAACACAACAACUAUAGUAAUUGAUCACAUGUGGUGAUUCUACACUUGCUAUGGUAACACAACGACUAUGGUAAUAUAAACAAAUGACCCAGUACUGUAGUUUUCUAAAACUGUAAGGUACAUUAUUCCAUAACACACCACAGUUUACUGUAAUGAAACUAAAGUAUACUACAUUAUUUAUUAUAGUUCACUAUAGUUAAUACUACACUACGCUGGAUCAUUCAUUAAAGAGUUGUAAAUGCUUUAACAUACACAGUAUAGUACACUUUACUAUAGUAUGGUUCAAAAACCCUAUUAUUUACUAUAAUUUGAUGUAUUUUUUUCAUGUCAGGCCCGUAGCCAGCAAAGGGGUGGUUCUUUUUUCUCAAAAAGUGGAUGUUUUUGCAGUCAUACGUCUCAUUUUCUAUUUAAUUUAGAGACCUAAAUACGCCAUUUUAGUGACAUUUUAAGCACUAUUUUAGCUGGAUUAGUUUGUCGGAUGGUCAUAAUAACCACACUUUUUGAUGUAUCAAAAAUAUAUCCUAAAGACUUGUAAAGAAAUAAAGAAUAAAUAUAAAUAAAUAUAAUAAAUAUAAAGAAAUAUGAAAAUUACUUAUUUUUUAAAUACAAAUGUAUUACAUAUAAUAAGAAAAAAAAUAGGAACCUGUUAAAGUUUUUAAAUUAAAAACUGUGGCCUAUUGUCAUUUAUUAGGCAAAUAAAAAUCUGGCCAGCACAUUCGACUUUCCUCAGUCACUAUUUGGCAAUUUGAAUAAAAAAUGUAUGAAAGCAUAACAAUAAUAAUGUAGAGCUUCACGAUUUUUCUAGCAUCUCUUGUAAAAAAGUACAUUUGAAAACUCAUGGAUAACAACAAUAUCCAAAAUAGUACUCAAAUUCAUUUUAAUAUAGUGCGCUUUUGGUGCUUCACACCUUUUUAUUUUUUUGGUUUCAAGAAUAAGGUCCAACAUUUAGAUGAAAAGUUACUUGUAAAAUGUUUUCUCUAUUUAAAAACAAUAGCGAAAGAUGACCUAUCUUACGUCAGCUUGUAAAAAUCUAAAUAUUUGUUAGCAUUAGCCAAAACUGAUGAGCUGAAGUCCUGCCGAAGCGACAGCCAAGAGAGGACUCCACUUGCUCUUAAACCCUUUUUUGAUGUGUUAUUUUCACUAUAUAUGAUGGCAUAGCAGUCAAAAUAGGACAAAUGAGCUCAUGUAUGGGACAAAUUCUGGACCUUUGUCAGUAAGAGGUGGGUCUUCUGGAACCCCCCACCCCCCGGCUACGAGCCUGCAUGUGCAUGCAUGGCUUUUAUAAUUACUAUAAUUAAUAUUACUAAAAGGAAGGUCACAUUUUUAUUUUCUGUUGUAAUCAGCAGUAUUUACAUUUGCAGUGGUCUUUCAUGCAAAGCAUUUUACAUUACAUUAAUGACGAUUUGAACCAGUUCUUGUAUUCCGUGCAAGUCAAACCCACUCCAUUUGAGAUGUUCUGUUGUAAAAGUUGAGUUCUGAUCUAAUCUAAUACUGAACCCUGGAUUAUUCCUUCUGUUGUGAGAUUAGUACUGUGUGUUCACUGACGUCUAGAUUAGAACGCAUCUAUAUUCUCUUUAUCCACCAACACUGGUCAGCUACCACAGGUUUACGCUUCAUAUCACCCAGUUAACCCAUCAAUGCAUGUCUUUAGCUAGGUUAAAAUGGCUUUACUUUAUCACAAUGUAAUCAUACCAAGUGUUCUUAUGUACUGUGCUGGAGGGAAAUGCUGUACCUGCUGUGUUACGCUCCAGAAACUCAAACUUUUUGCCUUGUUUCUAGUCCAAAUAUCAAAAACUGCUUAAAUCAAAAAGCAUUUUAUAGACAAGCUAAUUAUUUUUGGAAAUAAUGAGUCAAAAUUAAGUGAGUAUUUCCUUAAAAUGAGCUAAAUAAUCUGCUAAUGGGGUAAGCAAAAUAAACUAGUUUUUUUUUUAAUAAGUUUAUUUUUAGUACAGAUUAUUUACUUAAUUUUGACUCAUUAUUUCAGAAAACAAGACAAUAUUUUGUGCUUGUCUAGAAAAUGCUUUUUGAUUUAAGGUUUUUUUUUAGAUAUUUGGACUAGAAACAAGACAAAAACUCUAAGAAAAGCAUUUUUUUCUGUUCUUAUAUCUGAAAUUAAGGUUAAUGUCUUGAUUUGUUAAAUGGGAAACUGAUUUAGAUGAUACUACUGUUGCAAAACUAACAUUGCAUAACUUGAUGUUACUGACGAACAUAAUACCAUCCGUACCUACCUCGUAAAGAGAGAAAAAUACAGCUCCUUAUUACACUACACUUGAAGAGCCGGCCGGACAUGACCAACAUCCAUCCUCCUGUUUACAGUAUAUUGGGGAUUCUAGACCUGCGGGUACAUUUUGCACCUCCAAGAUAAACUUUAUUUUCCUUCCUUCAGCUUAGUCCCUUAUUUAUCAGGGGUCGCCACAGCGGAAUGAACCACCAACUAUUCCAGCAUAUGUUUUACACAGCGGAUGCCCUUCCAGCCACUACCAAGUACUGGGAAACACCCAUACACACUCAUUCACACACACACUCAUACACUACGGCCAAUUUAGUUCAUCGAUUCCCCUAUAACGCAUGUGUUUGGACUGUGGAGGAAACUCUUGAAGGUAUUGAGGCGUGUCGUUACUCUUCUCUCAUUCAUUUGGGCUAAACGUUUAGGACAAACCAAUAGUAGAUUCAUUAUGUCAACUCUGUUACUGUGAUAUUUCAGUCAAUUCACUCUAAAAACAAUAAUAUGAUGCCUUUUAGACACGUUAUGUGGAGUCUGGUGUGAGGUUUGAUGUGCUCUGUUAUUGUUUUAAAAGUUGAACAAUAAGCAACAAUUAGUAACAGAAUCAAACAUUCCCCAUCACAUUUAAGCAUUUUACAUUAUUUUACAUUAAUAACAGAUUCAUUUUAUUGUGAUAAAGCACAAAAUUGUGAAAAAUGUCAACUUUAAAACAUUUAACAAUAAGUUAAACAACAAUAAGUAACAAAAUCACAUGCUUCCUAUCACAUUUAGGCAUUCUUUUACAUUAGUAAUCCAUUCAGUUUACUGUAAACUACACAUUUGUUGUACAUUAAGAUAAAUGAAUGGAGCAUGCUUGAGAUGUACCCGCAAUUCACACACAAAUCACAUGUCGCAAUAUCAAUAAAUGCAUACGACACAUGAAGCUUUCUGCGAGGCUAGUGGGAUAUGUUGUUGAUGAAAUGCGUGUUUUGAUGCAUUCACCCUGAAAUCAAUCCCAGUUUGUUUAUUUCAUGCUACGAUCUGGGAACAGUGUUUUUGUCUAUUAUCCAGGUCCAGAUGUAAUGCAGAACAGACCCUGUUUUAUCGUAUCCCUUUAUACCCUGUAUAAAUGAUUAUUGUAACGUUGUUUAUAGUCGACGGUUAAUUUGCAUCUGGUUGUGAUCUGGUUUUGUGGUUCAGCGCAGGUGCACGUAUCAAUCAUUGUGGCUUUUUUUAAUUGUCUGUGCUCCGAAUCGUCUGUCUUAAGAGUUCAUACUGGAUCUUUAAAUAAAGACUGAAGCGUAUACCAGCUUUUUAAA